UGCUUGGCCUUUGGUCUAAAUUUAGACGGCCGCACAAAAAUAGGAUAUAUUGUUAGCUAUUGAUAACCUAAUAAUGUUUUGGCCAUACAACAUAAGAAAAUUGGUGUAGGCUACCUACACUACCUUAUAGCCUAGUACCUAGUAGCUAGUACUAGGGUAAAAAACCGCAUGGUACAGGGGUGGACCAUGUACGAUCAAUGUGUACAACCCCUAAAAAAGUAUAUUAUAACGCGUCCUGACACCGGAGAUGGGCAUCAGUCACAGCUUCUUGUUGGUGAGAAAUGGAGCUAAAGACCUUUACUCUCCUUUCGAACUUAUUAUCACAAUGCAGCAAGUUUUAAAGAGAAUGACCCUUACUGCAGUUUCUUCUACCAUUCAGCAUCUUGAGCAUCUAAAUCUUCAAAGAAUGGCGUUUGCAUCAUUAUGGUGUACAGGCGAAGAUAGUAAUUACUUUGUUAAGAAUGAGUUAAUCAACUGGGCCUUUGAAAAAUCUGAGUUGCAUUUAAUUGAUAAACAUGAAGCCAGAACUGGUCAUUCAUGGACCAACAUGUGUUUACCUGCUACUUGGAGCUUCAAGAGAAGCUUAUUCAGAAGUGGAUGUUACUGCAACAUUGUUUCUGAUAUUGGCCAUCAAAAGAGAUUUUUCACAACUCAAUCUUCUUCCUUUUCUCUGUGCUGUAGAAAUUUUAGUAUACUUUCUCCUAGUCAUUGGAUGUUAAAUAUGUCCUCAGUAUCGAAUCACAUUAAACGCAAUUUGUGGGACAUUUUUAAAAGGAACCACUUUGGUGAUUAUGUUGUGUUGGAAAACGUAGAAGAGGUGUGUGAGUCAGGUCAUGUCCCAUCACAUAUAAGAUGUCCAUCAUAUGCUAAAACAGGACAUCCUCUAGAUGGACCACGUGUACCUGAAGUGAAGGCAGAAUGGCAGGUGGAAGCCAUGAGAGAUUCUUGCCAUUUAGCCAGAAGUAUUAUGAAUACUGUCGGAGAAACUAUUCAGAUGGCUGAGGCUCCAAUGGCAUCUACAACCUAUGUUAAGUACCCCAAUUCUGUUUUCAAUAAGAAAGUUAAAGAAAUUUGGUUUAGACCCGCGGAGUCGGUUUUAAUAUCAGCGCGGGGUGACGGCCAUGUGCAGCCAUCCGAGAGUGCACACAAGCAUGGCUGA